CAUUGGACGCGGACUUUCUCCUAGCAUGACAUCAUUACCGAGAACCGUUAGGAACAGCAUAAUAGGAGCUCUGUUCAUAACGAUGGCUUUUGCCCUGAGCCGAGCACAGCCUCCCGAGCUCAGACCAGAUUUAUCACCCUAUCAAAAUGCUUGGAAGGCACUCACAGCGCCGGGAAGGUAUUACCUGUAUAUGAGAUCCUAUGCGGACGAGCCAUUCUACGGACCCAACAGCAAGUGCGUAUUCAACGAACUAAUUUCUGUUAACGACAAGGAAAACUACACAACAAACAUUUUUGGAACAACGGAUCCAAAGGAUGGCUCAGUGAGGAACCGAACUGCGUACGCAUGGGCACGUGCUUCGGAUGGCUAUGACACUCCAAACGUUAUUGAAUCAUCCUCCUCGCUCGAAAAAGAUUUUGUCCUGGAGUUUGUGGUGGCCUUUUCCGAGUACGAUAACUGCGACAUCCUGAGGCUCCCGCACCGUAGAGAUGGUUGCGAACUCUGGGCGAAAGCAGGUGAAGUCGACAAGGUCAAGUCGCUCUGCUUCUUCGUGUUCCACUUGCUCUGUGGGCCGGAAAAGCACAUCGUGUACGACAAAAAUUUGUGCGAAAAAAAAUAAACGCCUAC